UCUCUGUGCUCAGUGCACCGUAGAGCUGCAUGUACCCCCCCCCAUCCCAUAAGACUUACACCGAAAAAUAACUUGUAGUGCGUAUCCAAUGUGCUCCAGCUGGACGGCUGACGAAGACGACGGAGGGAGAGGAGCAGCUAGUGGAUCCCGGCUGAAAAGUGAAGACGACUUCUCUGGAGCGACGGGACCGACAGCAGCCUGACGCCAGCCCCGUGUUUAGGAUCCCGUUUGGGGAUCGGUCACCUGCUGCCUUGAAAGUGCUACACUGAGAAGUUGCAUCACAAUGGAGACAAUCAUCAGCAGCCCUGCAUCGCACAACCAGUCGUCGGUGUUCACCACAAUAUUCAACUCGAGCUGUCGCUUUGAUGAGGAGUUCAAAUACAUCCUGCUGCCUGUGUCCUACAGCCUGGUGUUUGUGGUGGGCUUCGUGCUCAAUGCCACCGCUCUGUGGGUGUUCCUGCAGAUGCGCCCGUGGAACCCCAGCACCGUGUUCAUGUUCCACCUCGCCCUGUCCGACUUCCUGUACGUCCUCUCCCUGCCAACCUUGAUCUACUACUACGCCAACCGCAGUCACUGGCCCUUUGGAGUGGUCGCCUGCAAAAUAGUGCGCUUCCUCUUCUAUGCAAACCUCUACUGCAGCAUCCUCCUCCUCACCUGCAUCAGCGUGCACCGUUACCUGGGCAUCUGCCACCCAAUCAAGGCGCUGACCCUUGUGAAGUCCCGCCAUGCCCACCUGGUGUGCGGCAUGGUGUGGGUCAUGGUGAGCGUGUGCCUGGUGCCCAACCUCAUUUUCGUCACCACCUCCAGGAGGGACAAUGACACCCUGUGCCAUGACACCACCAGCCAGGGGGCCUUUGAGGAGUAUGUGGACUACAGCUCUGUGGUCAUGGUGCUCCUGUUUGGCGUCCCGUUUCUGGUCAUUAUGGUGUGUUACUGCUUGAUGGCGCGGGCGCUGUGCCGACCCAGACAGGGAUUGUCUUCCAGCCAGCAGGGCACCGCCACAAGUCAGAAGUCCAUUAAACUCAUCAUCGUGGUGUUGGUGGUGUUUGCUGUGAGCUUCGUUCCAUUUCACAUCACACGGACGCUCUACUACACCUCCCGUGUGUUGAAUCUUGACUGUAAAUUCCUCAACAUUGUCAACUUUACUUACAAGAUCACCAGGCCUCUGGCCAGCAUCAACAGCUGUAUUGACCCAAUCCUGUAUUUCAUGGCUGGGGACCACUACCGGUCCAAAAUGAUAUCUGUUCUGAGAGCAAGAAGACAGACGACAAGCAGCCAGACACCUGAACGUUCACAAACACGGCCGAAAAAUCACCAUGACAUCGCUCUGGCGUAUAAAAACACAGCUCUUAAAGCCAGUGAAGAUUCUGAGUAAUAGUGGGAACUAUUGCAUGAAUCUGAAGUAUUUGUCUUCGAACAUUUGUAACUGCUCAAACUGUGGCAUCUGUUUGUUCUUCCUUUUUUUUUUGUACUGAAAAAUGUAGAAGAUAAUUAGUUUACUGUACCAUUAACUUACAGUAUAUGCUUUCAAUUCAUCAAUGUUGUGUAAUGCCUGUGUUCAACAGGCAUAAAGACCAUGUUUUAAUUUCCCUCACUCUUUUGAGGUUACUGUGUUUGUGUGGGAAGGAGUGUGAACUCUUUCCUUACUUACAACCCUUCUACCACAAUUGGAUUAUAAGUCAAAACACAACUUAUGAAAGACAGUAUUCACGCUGCUGUAUACUGUAUUUUGUGAGGAUAGAAAGAAUAACAGUAUAAAAUGGCAGAAGAAAUCUUUACUUUUAAAUUAUGGGAACAGAAACUGAGCAACUUUGUUAGUUGUUCACAGCUGCCUUGAAGUAAAUUAUAGUAACUGAAUUGUUGUCAUCAAUUUGACCAUUACUGAUCUAAGUGUUAAAGUUCAUUUCUGACGAAAGACGACAGACAGUCUGGCUAUUUUCUCAGAAAUGAGGAAAUUAUGAGGCAAUCCAAUGUCAGUGUGUUACCCAGAAACUGCAGCUAUCGUCAGUUCUGGGUCCCAGCUGUUUUUGUCCUUCAACUUUCACAGCUGUCUUUUGUUUGACUGUGGAGUAAAAGCAAAGAGACUGCUCUGAACGAGACAUAUCUUUUCAAACCACCCACGCCCCAUUCGAGGGAUAAGAGAUUUUCCUAUUUUCCCUUUUACCUUUGGGAUUGAUACAUGGAAUGUUAAGCCCGUUUUUUUCUUGAUGGUUUUUGCAACAUGUGAAAGCAGCGUUCAAAACUUAAUUACAGAGCAUUUCUCCCUCCGCACUGGUUUUUAUUGUUGACAUACUGUAUGAACCAAUGCUGUAGCAGAUGUAUUCAUAAAGCUAUGCGUCACAUGUUGUGCUUGUGAUAUUUGGUGUGAGCACUGUCUUUGAAGAUGUAUUUGUAAUGACAGUUAGAUAUGUAAUAAAGUGUUACAUAAUAA